AAGGUACUUGGCGUCAACUUCACCAAGCAGGGCAUCUACUCCAAGUCCGAAAGCACCACACUGCGGUCCAAGGUUGCAGCUCUCAAGUCUUACGCCCUCCCCCCUCUGAUGUACCACUUCUAUCUGGACUCACCGACCAAGUGGCAGAUCAAGAAGAUCGAAAACCUCACCAAAUGGUUCAUCUCAGCCCCCAAGACCACCGCCUACGGCUCCAGCUUCAUCAAUACGAUGGCACUGGACCGCGCCGGCUUCCAUUGGGAUCAAAGUUGCCUCAACCUCUGGGACAUUGGACUCAGAUCAAUUGCCUACAAGGUAUGGGUGUUCAAUCGUUUCCUCAACACCCCAGCCCAUCUCACCCAUGGCUACCUGGACUCGUGGAGAACUCAACACCGCAACGCCAGGAAGCGCCUGGGAGGCAAGUUCACUGGCCUCUUCCGCAAGUUCCACACACCUUGGAUGGAGUUCCGCUCCGCCCACCUCUCCAGCCAUAGCGACAAGGUACCUCUCUUGGAUAGCAAUGGUGUCACCCUCAGUCUGAAAGACAUCUAUGCCAUCCUCUGGAAGGCAAAGUAUUGGCGUCAUUUAUUUGCAAUAAUAAUAAACUUCCACUCUAGUCAAAAAAAAAAAAAAAAAAAACUUCCAGAGUCGAAUGAUUUGAUUUCCAAAGUG